AUGACAGAUGGUUCGCGACAAUCAGCUGUGAGCACUGAGUCGUCUCAACCUGAGGAACCCAAUUUGGCGACUGCAGAUCGGACAAAAGGCGCUACACCAUCGCCUGAAGAUGAAUAUCUGCUUGAUCCUGCCUGGGAUCUCCAGGCUGCCCCCACUACGAGAGAGUACAAUUGGACUCUCACGGAGACGGAACUGAAUCCAGAUGGCGUAUGGAGACCGAUGCUGCUCAUCAACAACCAGUUUCCCGGUCCUCUGAUAGAAGUCAACGAGUACGACACAAUUCGGGUCACCGUCAACAACCUAAUGAGCAACUCGACAUCUAUACAUUGGCACGGGAUCUAUCAGAACGGCACAAACUCUAUGGACGGGACCGUUGGUGUCACGCAGUGUCCAAUUGCCCCAAAUCACAGCUUCACCUAUGAAUUUGUGGUGAAAGGGCAGAGUGGUAGUUACUGGUACCAUGCGCACCAAGGUCUUCAGACUUCGGAUGGCCUGGUGGGUCCAUUGAUAAUCCACUCAAGAGACGAGCGGAAACUGCAGCAAAUUCAAUACGCCAGCGACCGCGUCAUCACGCUAUCAGACCAUUAUCACGAUUUGUCUGGAGCACUCGCUAGGAAAUAUCUCGCCCCAGAUAUGGAGAAUGCAGAGCCCGUGCCGGAUGGAGCUCUCAUGAAUGGUCGUGCUAUCCGUAAUUGCGACAACCUGCCUCAUCGGAGAUGCGACAACACCACAAGCAAUGUCGGCCUACCCACCUUCGACCUCGAGCCGAAAAGACAUCACAGAUUGCGCAUAAUAAACGUUGGUGCUUUUGCCGAGUUUCAAUUCCAAAUCGACGAGCAUGAGCUGGCAGUCACAGAAGUUGAUGGUACUGACGUCCGACCAAUCAGCUAUCAUCGCCUCAAUAUCAACCCAGCUCAGCGCUAUAGUGUGAUUGUUCACACCAAAAGCAGGGAAAAAACCAACUUCAGAGUGAGAGCUCGGAUGAUUACUCACUGUUUUGCUGAAAAGAACCCAUAUAUGGUAGCAACGGUUGAAGGCGUUUUGCGUCAUAGCAGCAUCCCUAAUCACGAGUUGGCCACUGAACUUCCGGAGACUAUUGAUUGGGACGAGGCUAUCGGCCUUGAGUGCAAGGAUUUGAACACCACAGAGUUGGCGCCUGUGCCAGUCAUUGCAGCACCCGCAAAGCCAGAUUCACUUGUCUACCUACGUUCCAAUUUCGAGAUCGGCGCCUACAGGCUCUCUAGAGGCAAGUUCAAUACGAGUAGCUGGCACGCGGAUGUUCAAAAUCCUACAUUGUUCCGAGCUAUCGAUGGUUUGCAGGCAAGCAACACGUCCUUCGAUGAAGCGCAAAGCGACAGGUCAGUGUUCGUCAACGACCGGGCGUUCUAUCAGCCCACGGAGCUCGUUGUUCAGUCCUCAGGCAUUAAGACCAUCGACAUCUUGAUCUCCAACUUUGAUGAUGGUAAUCACCCGUACCACCUUCAUGGAUACAAGUUCUGGGUACUUGCUCAAGGCCACGGAUACCCUCCAAGAAAGUCACUUGAUGGUCCUAUGGAUCUGGACAAUCUCUCGCCGCUAUAUGAUUCGCUUGACUUAUCGAAUCCUCUGCGUCGUGAUACGGCUAGUAUUGAAGCGUUCGGCUGGGCCCUGAUUCGCUUCGUGGCCGACAGUGCAGGUGCUUGGGCCUUCCAUUGUCACACAUGGCAUACGGAAGCUGGUCUUCUAAUGCAGUUCCUCACGCGCACUGAUCUCCUGGUUGAUAGCGAGAUUUCAGAGGCUCAUCGGGGACUCUGCAUGGCAGAUAGACUUGAUCUGGAAAGAGGCAUGGGCCCAAAGGAUGAAAUAUAUUACGAUGAAGCAUGA